AUGGAAUUCUUGAAAGAUCUGCCGUCUUACGACGAGCAUAAUUUUACCUUAUUUAAUACCGACCACGGUAUAAGAAACUGUUCGAAAAGACCUUCAAUUUAUCUGCCCACCAAAGACAUACCUUCCGAACAAAUUAUUGUAACCGAAAAAACAAACAUCUUAUUAAGAUAUCUACACCAACAAUGGGAGAAAAAGAACAACACAUCACCCAAAAAGAGAGAUCAAAGCCAUAUAGAACAAAAUGGUGAUGAAAGCAGACCACGCAAAAGGCCAUGUCUCAACUCUCCUCUCAACUGA